CUUCAGCUACCCUUCAGCUAUACCUCACUCAUAACCAAGCAACAGACCCCUCAAGAUCGGUGCUGAGUCGUCGAAAGCACCGACGCUUGAUUGACGCAGCUCGGGCUAUCGAAUAUCUCUUCAGUCCUCCCACUCAUACCCCGCAUUCUCUGGACAUAAUAGUCCCGCUUAUCGAAGAUAGCCCCUCAUGGUUGAAGCUUUCCCCGGCGCCUUGGUAGGGCCAUCGUCCAAGGAAAGAAAAUAUGACCGUCAACUGCGUCUGUGGGCUGCCAGCGGGCAACAAGCUCUCGAAGAAGCACGAGUUCUGCUCGUCAACUCCGAUGGCCCAUGGGGUAAACAGAGCACAGGCGUCUCGGGCGUAGUUGGCGUGGAGACGCUCAAGAACCUCGUCCUCCCUGGAAUUGGUGGCUUCACCAUCGUCGAUCCGGCGGUCGUGACCGAGCCCGAUCUUGGCGUCAACUUCUUCCUUGAAGAAGACAGCCUAGGGAAGUCAAGAGCCCAAGAGACUUGUCGGUUGCUGAGAGAACUAAACCCCGACGUAGACGGCAACUUCGAAUCUAAGCCGGUCGCAGAGCUCCUGCAAGACCCAGAAUUCCUACCACAGUUCAAAUUGGUACUGGUCUCAGGCCCGGUCAACAGAGCGAUGCUGAGCGAACUGCGCAGUGCGGCCAAGGCCCUUGGCAUCCCCGUCCUCUAUACGCGCUCAGUUGGUUUCUACUCAACAUUCUCUCUCCAGCUUCCAGCUGCCUUCCCCAUAGUAGAGACACACCCAGACCCCGAAAGCACGCAGGACCUGCGGCUCCUGAAUCCCUGGCCGGAGUUGGCAGCAUCUCUGACUAGCAUUAGCAAUCUGGAAACCAUGGACGAUCAUCAACAUGGCCAUGUACCUUACAUCCUACUCUUGCUUCACUACCUAGAGAAGUGGAAGGAAACCCAUGACGGAAACGUCCCCUCUAACUACAAGGAGAAAACUGCGUUCAGAGACCUGGUUCGGUCAGGUGCACGAACAGAUAACCCCGAAGGGGGUGAAGAGAAUUAUGAUGAAGCUGUGGCCGCAGUUUUGAAGUCACUGAACCCAUUUACUCUGCGAAGCUCAAUCCGCGAGAUCUUCGAGAUGGACGAAUGCACCAAGCUGACCUCUACGUCGGCGAAUUUCUGGCUCAUUGCGUCAGCUAUUCGUGAGUUCUAUAACAAACACAGCGUGUUACCGCUGCCUGGCUCGUUGCCCGACAUGAAGGCGCAGUCAGCGGACUACAUCUCGCUGCAGAACAUCUACAAAACUAAAGCACGGAAAGAUACAGCAGAGGUGAUUGAGAAUGUCCGGAGGCUAGAAGCACUCCAUAGUCCUCGACCUGCCAAGAUCGCAGACAAGGACAUUGAAACUUUCUGUAAGAAUGCAGCUCAUAUCAAGGUCAUCCAUGGCCGUGACCUCCCGCAAUUGGAUGGCGAGGUGCACACUCUCAAGGCUAUUCGAAACGCCCUGAGUGAUCCCGAAUCUCUGAUCUCGGUGUUCCUUGGGUAUGAUGUUCUCGAUAGCAUCAUCACAGAUAUCCAGACCGACAAGCAGAGCGAAGAUGCGCUGGAUUCCACGCUCGCGUGGGAGGCAGGAGUGGAUCGGGUGAUGCGGUCCCUUACUUCGGAGGCCUCGGCGGCCGUCGACGAGGGAACAAGACAGCGAAUCAUACAGGCGACUCAGGAGCUCCGGCGUACGCAAGGCGGAGAAUUACACAAUGUAUCUGCUCUCACGGGCGGUCUAGUCGCACAGGAGGCCCUCAAGGUUAUGACAAGGCAGUAUGUCCCCUUGGACAAUACCUGUGUAUUCGAUGGUAUUCGAAGCCGCAGCGAGAUGUAUAGACUCUGAAUCCCCUUCGCAAAGUGCACGAGCAGGGCCAAUGCUAUGGAAUGAGAUCAC